CCAGCGACCCUCGGCAGCCGCGCCUUCCUCCGCCUCCUCCUCCUCCGUCGCCGCCGCCUCCCCCUUCUCCUCCCCGCCGCGGAGGGACGGGGCUCUCCGCAACGGCACGGUGGUGCCGCAUCACUACAUGGUGGCCCUGUACCAGCGCCUGGCCGCCCGCCGCGCCCCCGGCCGCCGCGCCGACACCGUGACGGGCUUCGCGGAGCGGGCGCGCAGCGAUGCCUCCCCAUCCGCCUCAGAGCUGCGAUACCUCUUUGACAUCUCCAGCCUGCCCGAGGCAGAGGAGGUGACGGGMGCAGAGCUGCGGAUCCUGCGCUCCCUCCCUGAAAACCGCAGCUUGGCCCUGUCCCCCGAAGGCACCUUCCACCACCUCCUCCUUGGCACCUGCCCGAGCCGGGAGGGCGAGGAGCCCCAGCUGCUGGAUUCCAGGGCUGCUGACAUUUUGGACACGGGCUCCUCCAGAUGGGAGGUGUUUGACGUCUGGGAGGCYUUGCGAGAUCAGAGGGAGAGCUCGCUCUCGGGCAAGCUGCUGUGCUUCCUGCUGAGGAUCGUCUCGGAUCGCUCGGGGCAGCUCCUGCCCCCCCGGCAGCUGGGCUUUGGCAAACCCCAGCCACAGCCCCACGAGCGAGCCCUGCUCGUGGCCUUCUCCCGCACCCAGAGGAAGGAGAACCUCUUCAAGGAGAUCCGGGAUAGGAUCAAGGCCCUGGGCAGCCCCCCYUUCCUGGAGCCCCCCGAUCCCGGCCAGGAGGCAUUUCCCAAGCGGAGGAAGAGGAGGACCACCAUUGCCGCCCGGUCUGGGGGCAGAGGCCACGGGAAGAAGGCCAAGACCCGCUGCAGCAGGAAGCCCCUGCACGUGAACUUCAAGGAGCUGGGCUGGGACGACUGGAUAAUUGCCCCCCUGGAUUACGAGGCGUAUCACUGYGAGGGGGUCUGCGACUUCCCGCUGCGCUCCCACCUGGAGCCCACCAACCACGCCAUCAUCCAGACCCUGAUGAACUCCAUGGACCCRGAGUCCACUCCCCCGAGCUGUUGUGUGCCCUCCAAGCUCAGCCCCAUCAGCAUCCUCUACAUCGACUCUGGGAACAAUGUGGUUUACAAACAGUACGAGGACAUGGUCGUGGAGACGUGUGGCUGCAGGUAGCAAUUUCUGCAGCUCUCCCCAUCCCUCCUGGCCUUGCUCAGCAGCCCUGCCCAUUUUAUAUAUAUAAAUAUAAAUAUAUAUAUAUAAAAUAUAUAUAUAUAUACACACAUACACAUUUUGGUGUGUGCCUUUCCAAAAGCCAAGCCCAGGGCAGGUGUCCCCUGUCUUCYCAAGGCCACCCUGGCCAUGACACCAAGAGUGAUUGGGGGAUGCCCCUCUGAGACUGUGAGGCUGCCACCAUCUCUGUGCCUUGCCUGUUCUCCYCUGGAARUGGGGGGCACAGAGCCUGGCAGAGCCCCARGGGAUUGUCUCCUCAACCUCUGAGCUCUGCCUGAUACACUUGAUUUGCCAAAGUGGAGCUGACAACCUCUUUCCCAAAGGUUUUGGGAAAUGUCUGGCCACAAUUGUCUGGUUGGGAAGGAUGGCCUGAGAWGGGGGAGGUGGAGUGGCAGAGGGAUGGGGUUAGACUCCCCCUCUGGCUGUGGCAGUGGGGUGGACGUGAGGUAGGAAUGCUCUUUUCUUUAAGUUCAAGGAGUUCUUCUGGCUGCCUUCAAAUCAUUGCCCUGGGUUUCCCAGUGGAAAAAUGAGGGAUCCCUGGGGGAAGGCAGGGAGUGGAGAACCUGUGGCUGGAGUGGGYUGUAAUCACUUGGUCCAGGCCUGUUUGCAGUGGGGAGUGGUUUGUGAGUCUGCUGGURGAGACAGGAAAGAGGGAGAACUGGGAGCUGAAAGAGUCAGGUCUGCAGUACAGCUUGCGCUCUCAGAAGGGUGGGAGUGGYCCUGGGAGGUGUCAGCUGGAGAUGUCCCCAGCCAUGGGGUCUGAAGCACUGGCGCUGUCAUUUGUGCCCUGCAGGAGAUGCUGGUUGGUGGCUUCCCCCAUUUCCUGCACAAAACUCCAUUUCCAAGGCACACUGGGAGCCCAGCAUCGGGCCCGCGAGCCACACAGCCAUCCUGAGCGUGUUGGGAGGGAAACAAAGCUCCCRAGUUCCCUGGGGAAGAGCCAUUUCACUUGGGUUCUCUUUCCAAAUAAUCUCUAUAAAAGCUCCAAGCUCCACCCUAUCUUCCUUUGGCAUCGAUUUCCCAGGGAGCUGUGUCCCUCCCUGGAGUGCUGGCUGCUCCCUGCUCCGUUAAGGGAGCUGGAUCCUCCAGGAGCAGRCCUUUCCCAUGCUGGGGGCUGAGUGCUGCCCUCAGGGACUGCUACAAGUGGGGUGUUUUGAUGUGUGCUGAAAGGGCUGCAGGGUUUUAGUAACUCAGGAGCUGAGUAUAAAUUACACCUUUAAACCAGAGAAGCCYUUCAUCCAUGCCAGGGUGUGCUUUGGAUGCUGGGAAACAUUUCUGCUGCACCUCAGUGGCUUUUGGUACCAAGCUUUGGCUUUGUGGCUGAGUUGGUUUAGACCAGAGGUGUAUUUGCACAGAUUUUGUGUUUGAUGGUUUGUUUUUUCCCUUGUGGGCAGGGUGUYGGUGUGUAAACAUCAGUGGUUAUUAGUGAUGGUAGUUUGCUUUUGGAAGAGAUCAAUCCCUGCUGGAAAACGUGSGAUUUUUCCUGUGUGAAUCCAGUUAUGCUCCACGGCAGGGAUGUUCUGCUGGGAGGGCUGAGCCUGGCCAGGCAGAGAGGGCAUUGGCUCAAAAAGCUCUGCUGAGACCCAAAUUAUUUCAAAGGUCAGAAAAGCCUUGCUGAGGUUCAACAGCCCCUCCAAGGAAGGAAAUAAAUUGUGCCCAGUGAAAACAGGGACAGAUCCACUGGGGAUGGGGAUGGGGAUGAUGCCCCAUCCUCCCUCCAUCCUCGUCCACAGAGCCCACUCCUCAGGCUGUGGCUGGUACCAGCUCGGGGACAGAGUGUGGUACCCAAAAGUCUCAUGGUACCUCACCCCCUGACCUGAGCUCCUCUGGCUUCACAUCCACGUAUCCAAGAGGAAAACCCACCUCCUUUCCUCAUCCCUAAUGUAAAUGURUGUUAAUGGUGUCACCAUCCCCAGGGGAUGCUCAGAGCUGGAGGGCASUGGGGGAGAGGAAUGAUCAGGUCCAUGCCGUGGGUUUUCUCCCUGUCAGCACUUGGGGAGGCCAAGGUUCCUGGGUGGGUGAGGAGGGGUCAGCACAAGGUUUGUGGGUUUCCUCUGCCCUUCGGCUUUAGCACAGCUGCUUGGGGAAGGAGGUUGGCGCAGCAGUGCUGGAGCUGUCGGGUUCCACAUCAGUUACAAAGUUACCAAGSUUUCCAAGCACCUAAUUUUUCAAUUGCCUUUGGUUGUUUGAUAGUUUUUCUCACUGCUGAAACUAUUUUUAAAAAUGUUUUUGUUUCUUUUACSCCCUCCCCUUCCUCCAAAUAUUUGUGGUGAAGGUUCGUGGCAGUUCAAAUCCAGGCAAGAUAUAUAUAGCUCCUGGCAGCCCCUGCUGGCUGGUGGUUCUUGUGAGCCUCAGCCUAAAAGGUGUCCUGAGACCUGCUCCUGUGGGACUGUGCCCAAGGGGGUGUUAAUGCCAGYGGCUCCCAGUUCUUGUGGUUUUUAUCAGCCACAGUUUCAGGGAACAUACGUGUCCCCCUCCUCAGGUCUGAGGGUGGCCGAUGGAGAGCAGGGUGACAGGCUGGGUCUGGCAAUGCUUCACCCCAGUCCCAGUUCUGGGGCAAUGCCAACUGCUGGGGCUUGUGUCCUGACCCCCACGAUGGCUUUGCUGGCCCUGGGGACAAAAGCUGAGGCUCAGUGGCUGCAGUUCCAUAGCCUGGAUCACGACAAGAAACGAGGAGGGGAGGAUUUGGGGAGAGCUGUCAGCGAUGCUGUCCAUGGUUUCACCCGUGCAGGACCUGGCUCAGGGAUCAUCUGGCUGCAGGAUCCCUGAACUGGGGGAGCAAACUCUGUCCCUCUAAGGGGAGCCCAGGGAUGGCAGGGCCUGUGCCAGGUGCCACCUUCCYGGGCAAAGGGGAAAGGAGCACAAUGAGGGGCAAAGGAUGGAGUUAGACCCUCUUUCUGCCUCCCUGAGGGGUCAGGAGGGGCAGCUCCCUGCUGGGGCUGCUCCAGGGGUGUGUGUGCGCAGGACAAGGCUGCAGGAGAGUGGAGAUGGGGGUUUGGUGGGUAACUGUGCUGCCCCCCUGGGCGAGUGCAUCAGCUGCAGGGCUUGGCUCUCACACUGCUCAUUGCUCCCACAGGAAUAUUUCCAGAGCAAAAGCCACCUCUGCCCCCUUCAUUAAUCCCUGCAUGRUGACUGCAAGGGCUGCCUCUGCAUCCCCAGGCACAUCUGGAGACUGCACCCAACAGUGGGAUUAAUCUCGAGCAACAAUGGGGUUUAGAGGUUUAGAUUAAAUAUUGGGGGAAAGAAAGUCACAGUUGUAAAGCAUUGGAACAGGUUGCCCAGGGAGUCACCACCCCGGGAAAUGUUCAAAAAUGUGUGGAUAUGGCACUUGAGGAGAUGGUUUAAUGUGGACAUGGUGGUGUGAGGAUCAUGGUAGGACUYGGUGGCCCUUUCCACCCUUAAUCAUUGCAAGAUUUAAAUGGAAGGGGUAGGAGUGACACUGGAAUGUGUCUGAAGAGGGCUUGGAGCAGCGAAUGCUGCCUCUGGAGAAUCCUGYUGCUUUGGGGCACUGGCUGCAGGAGGGUGGGAGCCCAGCCCCAUCCUUGGAGCGGGUCCUCCACGCAGCAUCACCCUCUGAUGCCAAACAAAAGGCCCAGAAAAAAUGUAUUUCUGAUCAGCUGCCUCUUGCCUGAGCUGAUUUUUGAGCACAUGUAAACUUUAUAAAUAUGAGACUAGAGGUUGAACRUGGACAAAUAUUAAUUCAGCAGACUCAGAGUGAUUUUAAUGGAUAAUUAUAGUUUUUCAAUCUGCAAUAUUUAUACAACCUUUCCAGUUAGAAAAAACCCAAACAGUUUCCAUGCCGUGCAUAUUCUCCUGGAGGAUUUGUUUGACCUUGAGCACCAUUUUUAUCUGCAGGAUAUAAUUACAGUGAAACUAGAAAUAUUAAGCAUUUGMAAAGGGCUAUGAAUCCAUGCUUAACUGGCUCCCUCCUCUCUGACAUGGGAAUGUAAUUGCACAGGAGCAGGGAAACUUGCAGAGCAAUCCCAUUUGAYUUGGAAACACUGGGGCUGGGAUUUGGGGAUGCCUGCCCGGCUGGGACAGGGACUGGUGUUUGUGCCUUGCCUGGGGACUCCUUGAGCUUGUGCUCAAGCCACUGCCUGCAGGAACAGUCAGAAGCAAAAUUACUUGAAGCCCAGCUUAACCCUAGUGACCAGGGUGCUUCUGGCCUAGAWAUACUUCCCAAGAAUCACAGAUUUUUUUUUU